AAUGAUUCUUAUUUUGCAAGAGAUGGGUCAAAGUUCAGUUCUUUAUCAAAUUCCUACCUAAUUUCAGUCGGUUCUUUAUUUAUCAUUUAUACGACAGUGCACCUGAUGAAUAUGCAUUAGUCAUGAGAGUAAUGUGCAAUUGACACCUUUAAUCAAGGUAUAAAUAUCAGGGUCAUUUCAUUUAGUUUGAUUCCUAUUUACCAUGUUUAUAGGAAUAUGGCAAUCACCACUAAACCAGAUUGAAAAUAAAGAGUUUUAAAAAUCAAAGAUGGCUGAUGUGUAGCCAUAUUGAAGUUAAAUGCUACUUUGUGAUUUCAGGAUGACCUCUAAUUCUUCCCUCCUGCCUUCUGUAUGUGGCGACAUUGUUCUGGUGACAGGGGGAGCUGGUUUCCUAGGAAACCAUGUUGUCAGUCUGCUCCAACAGAGAGCGCCACAUGUACGUGAGAUCCGAGUGCUGGAUGUGAAGCCCUACAGUAACUUUCUUGGAACACCGACCACCAAACCAGUCAUCUCUACAGUGGGGAGUAUCACCGAUCUCAACACCGUCCUGGAUGCAUGCAAGGGAGUUAACUCUGUGGUCCAUAUUGCAGGACUUGUGAGCUUUGGCACUUUCCCAGACGUCAAUGGAAUGGAAGAAAUCAAUGUGAAUGGAACUGCCACAGUGAUCAAGGCAUGUCUUCAACAGAAUGUUGAGCGUCUCCAUUUCUGCAGCACCGUAGAUGUUGUCAUAGGUUAUGAGGACAUCAUCGAUGGGGACGAGGACUCAACAGUUCGACCAAAGAAGUUUCUGUUUCCUGGCUACCCGGAGACCAAGUAUAAAGCGGAGACCCUUGUGUUGGCAUCCAACGGCCAGUACUCAGAGAAUGGAAACAAGUUGAGGACGCUUGCACUGAGGGCCAAUGUCAUGUACGGUGAGGGAGACCCCUAUUACAUCACAGCUGGCCUACGAAACGCCAAAUCGUCUGGUGGUUCGCUGAUGCGAGUUGGCAAUGGCCGAGCUCUCUUUCAACAAGCAUAUGCAGGAAACACAGCCUGGGCAUUCCUGUGUGCCGACAUGGCGCUCAAGUACGACCCAAACGUUGGAGGUCUACCAUACUUUGUGCCAGACAAUACCCCAUUGGUUAACACAUUCCAGUUCCUGUCUCCCUAUCUUGCAUGUCGAGGAUUCACGCUGUCCAAGAUAUAUCUCCCAUAUUCCCUAGUGUAUGGGUGCAUGUGCUUUGUGGAGAUGGUCCUGCGGUGGUUGUCUCCCUUGAAGAGAAUCAACAUGUCUACCCCAGCCUGUAGUGUCCGGUAUAUCAACAUGAACCUAUACUUCAGCAGUAAGAAAGCCAGGAAACUGCUGGGCUAUAAUCCAAUAUACUCACCAGCGGAGGCCGAGGCCAGGUGCAUGCCCUAUUACAAGAAUAUUGAACUGUAACCAUAGUAACCAUGGUGAAUCUUGGUAACAAUAAACAGACCCCCUCUGUCC